AUGGCAACAUCAGCCAGCAGUAAGCGUAAGGGGUCGUCUUCGGAUGAAGGCAGCUCUGAGGAAGGAUGCCACGAACCUAGUGGUGGCCGCACGACUAAUAAAAUCUUGCACAUUACACUGUACCAGAAGGUCGAGCAGUUAGUGCGGGCUGUGGUCUUGUUGGUGCUCCUCAUCACCUCGGCACCAUGUUUUCUCGCGCUGUUGGCUUUGGUUUACUUCCUGCCCGAGAAGAGUCAUCUCAAGAAGCAAGUCCGUACCUACUGCUGCGUCGGUGUAGGCCGCAUGUUCAUGGCCGCUAGCGGCGUCCAACUGUCUGUUCAGAACCGUGAGGCCUUGUCCAAGCUCCCUGCUAUGGAUGAAAACGGUGUGCUCAUGCUCUUCACCCACGGCAGCAACCUCGAUGGUUUCGCUAUCAGUGCAUGCUUUGAUAUACUCUCAAAGGAGCAGCUUCCUCUCGGUGUUGUUGCCAAGAAAAGCUUGUUCAAAAUACCCAUUCUCGGCACUCUAUUCCGACUGACUGGAGUCGUGGCUAUUGAUAGGGCGAAGCACAGUCAGGCGAUCAGCCAGCUCGACUCGGCAGUCUCCCAUAUCGACAGCGGUUAUGUCGUUGGAGUGUCGCCCGAAGGCACCAGAAGGAGGACACCUUCUUGGGGACCAGAUCAGCUGAAGCCGUUCAAGAAGGGACCGUUCCAUAUGGUCAGGCAGAUAAAAAGCAAGACCUUCCUCCCAGCUACACUCUUCGGUGCCAACGCCGCGUGGCCCCCGGGAAGCCUCUUCCCUAUUCCUGGUGCUAAGGUGACUGUCAGGUUUGGCGACCCUGUCAAGGUGGACGCUACCAAGGACGUGACCGAGAUACAAGCGGAAACCAGGGAGUUGUUCAAGAAGGAGAUUGUAGCGGGGAUGGCUGGCAAGCCCUACUCUCAAGACACUGCCUUCAGCCUAGGCACGCCCGUGCCUCGGUCUUCUCUGUGGAGUAGUACUUUACUCCUAUUCCUUCCCCUUGUAGCGGCUAUAAUGUCCAAGCUGGCCUUGCAUCGUACUUGA